UCAAAAAGUGUUCAAGCUGUAUUUCACACUUAAUAAAAGUUAAUAGUCAAUUACUCUUUUUAAAAGAUAUGGGGUUCAAAAAAGAUUUUAUUUUACUUACAAAACCAUAUUAUUGUGUCAACAUAUUAUUGAGUUUAUCUUAUCUAUUGGCAAAAAAAGCUCCUGGAAUAUGUGUAUACUUGUUUACACCAAAGGAGUCCGAAUGUGAACUAGAUGGACGUGAAACAGAAAUUUUAUUUUUCUUGGCCAUUGUUGUAAUGAUUAGAACAAGAAAAACGGGAAGUGUCACUAUGAUUAAUUAUCUUACAUCUUCGUUUAUUUAUACGAAAAUUGCAAAUCUCAUUCUGUGGGCAUACGCAGACUAUUUGUACGGUGUCAUAUUUGGUGUAGUCUUUAUUAUCACUGCAUUAGUAAUUCCAGAACCAACUUAUUCUGGCCCAGAACAUGUGACAUAUUUCCGUACGGAACAUGCACUAGAUGAUGAACUAGAAAGUGACAAGAGAAUUGUUUGGAUAAUUGCAUUUUAUACAGUUUGGAAUCCAGCUUGUGUUAAUUUUGCACCAAUUUUCAGCGAAUUAUCAGCUGAAUAUAAUUUGAAAAACUUUCGAUUUGGAAAAGUUGACGUUGGACGAUUUCCCGCUACUGGUAAAAAAUACCACGUAUCUGAUAGUUCGUUAAGUCGACAACUGCCAACAAUUAUCUUGUUCAAGAACGGAAAAGAAUUUUUACGAAGACCUUGUGUUGAUGUCAAAGGAAAACUUCAAACAUUUUUCUUCUCAAAAGAUAAUAUAAAGGCAGCAUUCAUUUUGAACACUUUAUACAAGGAGAGCAAGGAAAAUGGAAUCACUACUGAUGAAAAAAAGCAAAAAUAAAUAACUCUACUAAACAUUAGCAAUCUCUUAAUCUUAUAAAAGUUUUCUUUUCAUCGUAUCUUUUCGAAGAACCAAAGUCAGAUAGAUAUUUUUAAGUUAUAAAUAAUCUCAUGAGUUGAUGUAUUUGAAAAUAAAGACAAACAGCAGACCUAAA